UCGAAUUUUGGACAUGGUUAAUUCAUCCUUCUUCGAACUGUCUUAAUAUAUGUCAGUCUAGUUGGAACUAAGAUCUGCUGCAUUAACAGUACUUGCCGACUGUCGAGGCACUAUAUUCUUGGAAUUAAUGGUCUUGGGAACCGGCGGUUGAUAUUCAUCUGAUCAGGGAUUCAGUUCUAUUAACGGACAGCUUGUGGACUCGAUAAAGGAUACAAAGCUUAGGAGUUAUCUAUUGACUGAGGGAUAGCAAGGUAUGCAAAAGUUUCCGGGUUAAGCCUAAUUCGGGUCUACUUUCGGAUACUGUAUGACAAACCAUUAACUAUAGACGAAGCAGCAGCCGUAGGAAUAACGACGCCACUUCUGAUGUCGUCGACGCUAAAAUCCUGUACCCUGUGGCCUGUUCUUUCGUGGGUAUAAAUGCAGUAGGAAUAUUUUUAAGAAAUGUCCCAGAAGGCGUCCACCAAUCUUGAAUCCCGAGCAUGAAGGAGCGAGACGAAUGGCCCCGGCCGACCAGGCCUACGGGAGUGUACAAUCACGUCGAGGACUUCCUACGGUUCUCACUCGAUGAUGGUAGGCAGAACACGUACGGCCCGACCAUCGGCGGGAACGUCACGGUAAUGGAGAUCGGAACACACAGUUCGCGGCCGCCAAACGUUACGGUUGGUCUGGAUAACAUAACUGAGAUCGUCGCCGACGAGGACAUGCCUCUCGCUGAAAAAAUACUCUCGGCAGUCUUCCUAUUUCUGUUCAUCAUUAUUACAGUUAUCGGCAACAUUUUAGUCAUCAUGUCUGUGUUCACGUACAGACCUUUGCGAAAUGUGCAAAAUUUCUUCAUAGUUUCUUUGGCAGCUGCUGAUAUGGCCGUAGCCCUUCUUGUAAUGCCGUUCAACAUUAUCAAUUUCAUCAUGGGACACUGGAUAUUCGGGGCAAUCUUUUGUGAUAUGUGGCUCACCUUUGACGUACUAUGCUGCACCGCUUCUAUCUUAAACUUAUGCGCGAUCGCCACGGACCGAUAUUGGGCAAUACACGACCCGCUUAAUUAUGCAAGUAAACGGACAAUGAAACGCGUGCUGCUCUUGAUAGCGCUGGUUUGGGGUUCCAGCGCCGUCAUCUCUAUUCCACCUCUGAUCGGGUGGAAUAACUGGGAAGAUCGAAUGGAGCAAUUAGAAAAACAUCAUUAUCUUACAUGUGAGUUGACGUCAGAGCGAGGUUAUGUUAUAUACAGUGCUUCGGGCUCAUUCUAUAUACCUUUAAUGAUCAUGACGUUUGUUUAUCUAAAAAUCUUCUUGGCGACUCGGAGGAGACUCCGGCAAAGGAAGAAACGAACACAAGCAUUGAAUGUCGGGCAAAACAACACAACAACAAAUACCCGCGCAGUGACGACGACAGUCAACACAAACGCUACGGGCACAACCACUGUCGUCGCCGAUAUAAGUUCGACAGAAACCCCAGACGAAAUGCCAAUGGAUGAAACGAAUCACGUGGGCGAAAACGAUAAACAACGAGAGGAGGGAAAGGAAAAGGAAAAAGAAAAAAAGGAGCAUAAACACAGAUCUAAAAAUAGAACGUCUACGGAAUCUAAACAACCAUUGACGCAAAACAGUAAACGUACGAAGUCAAUCAUGCAUCAGUUUCUUGAAGAGAAGCAAAAAAUUUCCCUUUCGAAAGAGCGCCGCGCUGCGCGAACUUUGGGAAUUAUUAUGGGCGUUUUCAUGGUGUGUUGGAUUCCGUUUUUUAUCAUGUAUGUCGUCAUGCCUUUUUGUCCAACAUGCAAAAGACCAAACCCCAGGUUUGAAAAUUUUAUCGUGUGGCUUGGAUAUGUGAAUUCUGGUUUAAAUCCAGUGAUUUAUACUGUGUUCAAUAUAGAUUUCCGAAAGGCAUUCAAAAAGCUUUUGACUGGAAAAUCUCGGAGAUAACCGCGCCAUCUAAGGUAAAUCGUUGGAACUACAGUAGGAUGCGUCUCGCGUGCUGUCGUACAAGCGUGACAUUAGGGAGGUUUAGGCCCUACGACGACGUUUAUCUAUUGUGUGAGUUUACCUGAACAAUAGAUAAACGUCGUCGAAGGGCCUAACCGGGCGGUUGCGAAACCUCACUAUGCCAAUCUACCAUCAUUAUGCGUAUAUCCAUCCUUAAGGAGGAGACUUUGGGACUGAUAUUCACCGCCGAUAAUUCGGCAUGCCCAGAACACGCCGCAGCCCACUUUCAUGGCGUGGAAUGCGUCUUCAUAAUUGGUUGCUUCUCGCUAGUGGGCCACUCAUGUUAAAAUGUUCAAAUAUUAGUGUUUCAAUUCACGGGUGUUCUCAAUCUAGAUAUUUUCGUCAAAUACCUUAAAAUAAAAUACCUCCUCGAAUACAAUGUACUACUCUAAAGCCAUCUACAGUUCAAGUACGUGUCGUUCUCGUUCUGUUCCUAGCUUUGUGAGUCGGCACCGAGUGUGUGAGUGUGCUUUCUAGAGUGAAUCAUGAAAUCAUAUCCACGACCAUCAAUAGAAUUUGAAAAAUUCCUAAUAACUUGUACGGAAACCUAGCCUAACCUUGACGUUUCUUGGCUCUACUAUUGGCACUUCGAUCAGGAUGCGUUUACGUAGCACGUUAUUAGGAGCAUUUUUCUGAUACUGAUGUUGAAGAAAAGGGUGAAUGUGUGAAUGUGUGAAUGUGAAUGUGAAUCAGAAUGUGAUUGUGCUGACUCAAUCAGAUAACAUGGCUGGCGGAUUUUACGUUCGACUAGAUCCGGUUCAGUUCCAUUGAAUAUCUCUGAUCAUCCACGCAUCUUUGAAAAUUGAUUUGGAUUUCAACCGGAUGUAGCAGAACGUAAAAUCCGCUAAUUUUUCUGUUUAACCUAAUAAUAUGCAGUCUGGUUAAAAAGACCGUAUCAUGCCGAAGAAUCGGGGUUACUAUAUAGGGGACUAUUCGGGUAUCGUGCUGUGCAUACUGACGGCAAACCCAAUUCGAAGUUGGACCCUUUUAGGUAGGCCAAAUCAGGUUGAGCAAAGCCGCGAUUUCUGAACAUAUCCGGGAGCGAAAGAGUCACGUGAUGUGUGCGCGUUUUAGCCGCACUGCCACCUUCCGGACAAGAAGGAAGUUACUGGACAAUUUUGUACAGAAACAUUGUGCACGUAUUGCGUAUUGCAUGUACAUCGACAGCAUGAUUGCUUUUUAGGCGGCUUAGCUUUUUGAAAUUAUCUAUUUCUUUAGGGAAGAAAUUAAUAAUUAGUCUUGCAUUGUAAGAUAAUAUUGAGUAUUUUACUAACUGUAAAUAAAGUGUGUAAGAUAGUGUAUGUACCUGUAUAAUCAUUUAUUUCCUUAAUUCUAACUACUGUAAUUAAUAAAUGACGAUAAAUGAAUACAAAAUAGAUUAUUGUAGAUAAUUAGAAAUCAUUAAAAAUAUAAAAUGAU